AUGGACCAAAUGGAUGAUGAAUUGAAUCUGACAUUUAUAACUUUUGGUGGGCAUGUAGAAUUAGAAAAAUACAAAUUUUUGUAUUUUGCUGUCAUGUUUAUUGCUUAUAUUCUAAUACUCUGCAGUAAUUCAACCAUUUUUUGCCUCAUCUGGAUUAAAAAAAGUCUCCAUGAGCCAAUGUAUAUUUUCAUUGCAGGAUUAUUGUUCAACUCUGUUAUGUUCAGCACAAAUAUCUACCCCAAACUUUUGAUGGACUUUUUGUCUGAGAAGCAGAUCACAACUCAUUCAUUUUGCAGUUUUCAGGUAAUUAUUUUUUACUCUUUAACUGGUUCAGAGUUUUUCCUCUUGGCAGCCAUGUCCUAUGACAGGUAUGUGUCUAUAUGCAAACCCCUGCAAUAUCAUACUAUUAUGAGAAGAAAAAAUAUCAAAAUUUUGCUGGUUUUAGCUUGGCUUCUGCCUGCUUGUCAGCUUAUGCCAUCAGCUGUAUUCAGUAACACUUCAAAAAUAUGCAACUUUACUCUGAAUGGAAUUUUUUGUAAUAAUGCAAUCUCCAGGCUUUACUGUGCAAUCCCAAAAUCACCAUAUUUAAUAUAUGGUGUAUUUAUUCUAAUUAACACUGUAUUUCUUCCUUUGCUUUUCAUACUUUUUACAUACUCAAAGAUAUUUAUAAUAUGCUAUCAAAGCUGCAGAGAAGUCAGGAAAAAAGCUGCACAGACCUGUUUACCCCACCUGCUUGUUUUGAUCAGCUUCACAUGUUUGUGUUCAUAUGAUGUAAUUAUAGCUCGAUUGGAAAUCAAUUUACCCCAAACUGCACGUUUUAUAAUGACUUUACAAGUGAUUUUGUAUCAUCCUCUCUUUAAUCCAAUUGUAUAUGGACUGAAAAUGAAAGAAAUUUCUCAACACCUCAGGAGGUUGUUUUAUCAAGGCAAAUUUAUAUUGUGCAUCAGAACAGAUGUUGAAAGAGCCGUCAUUUCUGUUGUGAUACAAGUUAAAAGGCCGGACAUCCUUCCAGUGUAG